UAUUGUCAUUCAUUGUGAAAAAAGAUUCUAACUUGUCGAGAUGUCGUAUUAAGAAAAAAUGUGCUGAUUUAAACAAUUUUAAACUUUAAAAGCUUAAAAAAUAAUACAAAUUAAGCCAAAAUAUAGUAAAGUUAAAAAGGCGCUUAAUAUUUAACGAAAAGUUAAACAAAAAUAUUAUAAAAAUAAACAAAAACCGAUAAGGAGCUAUAAAAGAAAAAAAGCCACCAACAAAGUGAUUGACCUCGAGUUAAAAAACAGCAGAAAAAAAUUAAAGAAAAACAUACAAGAGUACAAAUAAAAAAUAAUAAAAAAGAAUACCAAUCCAAGUGAAGCAACAAUUUCUAUGAGUAAAUGUGUAUGUGUGUUUGUUGUUUUUAUUAAUUUAUAUGGAGUACUGAGUGGGUGAACUAGAAAACAAGUGCUCGCUUUACUUGGCUGCCUGCAUAGAGCAGAGCAUAUAUAGAGGCUGACGGGGCUGGUGCCACUGGCUCUUCUGCUUGUUGAGGGGGGAAAAGAAAAAGGUCAAGAAUUUCAGUUAACACAAGAACGACAACAACAACAACAAUAGCAACAGCAAAACAAGUAGCGUAUGUGUUGUGCAUUUAUAUUUUGUUAAUUGUUCAACAAUUGAGCAGUAGAAGUAGACAUAAAUAUUUAAAGAGAAACAACAAUUACAAAAAAAAAAAAACAACUAAUACACCAGGUAAACCAGAAAAAGGUGAGCAGCAUUUGCAGCAGCAGCACUAGUAGAAGUGGGUACAAAAGAGGGGGGCUUAAAAAGCUCCGACAAUGGGCACAAGUAGUUUUCAAGCUGAAGAUAACAAAUUAUUUGUGAAUCAUAAUAUACAACCAACAAAUAGUGGCGGUGUUGCUGGUGCAGCUACUCCUUCAACAUCAAACAAUAUGAAUGUGGAAUUAUGUUUAGUAUGCGGUGAUCGUGCCUCGGGACGUCACUAUGGAGCCAUUAGUUGUGAGGGCUGUAAAGGAUUCUUUAAGCGUUCGAUACGCAAACAAUUGGGUUAUCAGUGUCGCGGCGCUAUGAAUUGCGAGGUUACCAAACACCAUCGCAAUCGUUGCCAGUUUUGUCGAUUGCAAAAAUGUUUGGCCAGCGGCAUGAGAAGUGAUUCUGUACAACAUGAACGCAAACCUAUAUUGGAUAAAAAAGACCCAAAUGCCGGCUCUACAACAGGACAAACAACUGCCCAAUCGCUUACCGUGGGAGCAGGUGGCAGUGGUGUAAAAUCCUCAAAUGCUAGUCCACAAUUUCAACAGAGAUCAAAGUCCUCUUCAUCAUCAUCAUCAAUAUUUAAUCACAAUUUAAGUGCAGCAGCAGCAGCGGCGGCUGCCACAAAUACUUUCGCUUUGGAUACUAGUAAUUUAGCGCCCCCGGAAAUAUUUGGUUUAAAUUUUGCCGAACUAACACAAACAUUAAUACAACAAGCUCAACAGCAGCAGCAGCAACAACAACAGCAACAGCAGCAACAACAGCAUCAACAAUUAACAAAUCAAGUUUCUGCUAAUGCUGCUGGCAAACCUUUACAUUAUUCCCCUGAACCCAAACAACUUUUACCAGACAACGAUUUGGAGGAGGAUGAAGAUGAGGGCGAUUGUAUUGAUAUUGACAAUUUACGCAAUUUUGCCAAUGCCGCCUCCCAGAAUAGCGGAAAUAACCAAGAGGCCAUUGAUUAUGCCAUAACAAUGGGUUUAAGAAAUUUUGCCAAAACCGUGAUUAACAAUAAUAAUCAAAAUAUCAAUUUCAAUAUGGAUGCCUUGACCCCUAACCCCACACCAGCAGUGGGUUUAAUACAAAACUCUCUAGACAAAAGGGUUAUAGAUAAGGCUUUACAAAUGUUGCUGCCCAUUAAACAGCAAUUGGAUAACCAAAUGGCCCAUGAAGGCAAUGGUUUAAUUAUUAAAAAUGAACUUAAUGAGGAUGAUGACAUGGGUGAUACCAGUGGCAAUGAGGAGGAGUUUAUAACAGACUGCAUGGAUUUAGAUGAGCAACAAAAUCAAAGAGACUUUGUUAUUAAUGAGUCCAUAUUUGAGAAUGAUUUGAUAGCGCCCGCUUAUGCGAGUUUCAAUCUACAGACACCUAAUUUAGUGUCAUCUUAUUUUAAUGUCCAUUAUGUUUGUGAGUCCGGUUCACGCAUUAUAUUCCUUACUGUGGUAUGGCUGCGUAAAGUACAAGCCUUUGUGGAUUUGUCUCAGCGUUCACAAAUCAUUUUAUUGCGUAAUGCCUGGCCCUCUUUGCUGGCCCUUGCAGUGGCCCAGGUGCGCAAAUUAUCACAAAGUACCAUCAUCAAUACCCUUAUACACAAUGUGCGUCAAAUGGCGGAUAUAGAAAAAAUUGAUCCUCAUAGAAUCAAAAAGCUAAGUGAACAUAUAGCUCGAUUGAACUCCUUUAUCCAAACCAUACAAGCACUUGAGCCCUCCGACAUGGAAUAUGCUCUCUUACGUCUAGCCUGUCUUUUUAAUCCGCAUGCUUUUCUAAGACGCAAAGAACAAUCGGUUCGUGUUUAUGUGCAACGUGUCCAACAGUAUGUUCUUAAUAGUCUACGCAAAUUGUUAGCCUCUCAAGAUUUACCCGCCUACGAAGCUGAGGAACGUUUUAAUAGUUUAGUUCUCAACCUAAUGCCGUUGAGUGCCUUUGAGUCAGACUCUAUUGAGGAUUUAUUCUUUUCAAAUCUAGUGGGUCAAGUGCAAAUUGACAAUAUGUUACCGUAUAUUUUAACACUGAGUAGCAGUGUGGGAAACUUAAAUUGUUAAGUUUUUCUUAAUUUCCGUAGUGUUGUAGUAAUUAAUGUUAAUGUUUUAUCGUUUAACUUUUUGAAAAAAGUGUUUUUUUUUUUGUUCUUUUCUUUUUAUAUCUUUUACUAGACUGAUAAUUAAAUAUAAAUAUAUAUAUAGAUGACUUAUAUAGAACGAGAGGAUAAUAAAGUGUGUGUUAAAAACACUUUAAAUAGUUUUAGAGUUAUUUUGAUUUAAACAUAUUUCAGAUAGAAUAUUCUAUUUUUAAUUGUAUGUUUUUUGGAUUCUUUGUAUAAUUCUAUAAGAAUCUUUUUUGAUUUAAUAUGUUAAAAAUUGAAAUAAAAUCAAAAAUAAAAUGAA